AGCAAAACCAUUGUUUUGUUCCGUUCAAUGUCUCCUCAUCUGUUCUUCCUCUACUCGCUUCAAAAAACCCACCAAAAUGUCAACUGAAUCACAAAUAAUCUUACUUUUGUUUUGUUAAUAUCAAGAAAAAAUGGGUGUUGGCGGGAAUUUCUGGGAUAUACUUAAACCCUACGCGCGAACAGAAGGGUUCGAUUUUCUAAGAAACAAAAGGGUAGCCAUUGAUCUAUCGUAUUGGAUUGUUCAACAUGAAACCGCAAUUAAAGUACACACUCGAAACCCUCAUCUCAGACUCACAUUCUUCCGAACUAUCAAUCUGUUCUCCAAGUUUGGUGCUUUUCCGGUGUUUGUGGCAGAUGGAACCCCAUCACCAUUGAAGUCUCAUGCAAGAAUUAUGAGAUUCUUUCAAGCAUCUGGUAUCGAUCCUGCAAGCUUACCAAUAUCAAAUGGUUCUUCUGUUGAGAGAAAUAAAAAGUUCUCAAAAUGCGUUGAAGAAUGUGUGGAGUUGCUUGAACUUUUUGGAAUCCCUGUUUUGAAAGCAAGUGGUGAAGCUGAAGGACUCUGUGCACAAUUAAAUAGAGAAGGUCGUGUUGAUGCUUGUAUUACUUCUGAUAGUGAUGCUUUUUUAUUUGGUGCCAAAUGUGUUAUUAAGCACAUCAACCCCAACUCACAGGAGCCAUUUGAGUGGUAUGAGAUGUCAGAUAUUGAAGGAGUCCAAGGGAUUGGAAUUGAAACUGCACUUUCAUUUGUCAAAUCUUUCAAUGAAGAUGAGGUUUUAGAUAGGUUAUGUGCAUUAGGAAGUGGAGACAUGCUUUCUAUGGGCUACAAGGGCGAUUCCAUUCUUGUGAAGUUUGCAGUUCAAGUAAUAAUCACAAAGGUUGUGUGCAAAAACCGAUUGGGUUUAAAUGUGAUUUGCUUAUCAUGUCAUCAGGAUAAGAAAGAAAAGGAACAAAAGAAGAAUGAAGCUUGGAAAAUGAGAGUAUGCAAUAAAAUCGCCUCAGAGCCAAACUUUCCAAAUAAGGCAAUCAUUCAAAUGUAUUUAAGCAACAACCACACCAAUUUCACUGAUGCAGAACCAUUUAUAUCAUGGAAAAAUCCAAACACGGAAAUGCUGAUCGAUUAUAUAGGUUAUAAGCUAAAUUGGGAACCCUCUUUCACACGACAAAAACUCUUUCCAUUUUUGUCCACCAUUUUCUUGAGAAAUAAAGCCAAAAAUCAAGAAACCGGAUUAUUACAUGGACAAUAUGAGUUUGACUUCAUUCAAAGAACAAAGACAAGAUUGGGUCAUAUGUUGUAUGUGGUCACUUGGACAAAACAUGGUCAAAUGGUCAACACUCAUAUCCCUACAACACCUUUGAUGGAAGAUUCUCAAGUUCAAGAAUAUGAUGAUGAUGAUGAUAUUGAUGAAUCGGUUAAUAAUGUUUGUGUUGAUAUUGAUAAUGAGUGUGUGAUGACUGAUGAAAAUAUGGAUCUUGUUAUGGCUGCAUAUCCGCAAAAGGUUAAGCAAUUUAUACAACAAAAGGAGUUUAAAGAAUCAAAAUCGAAGAAAAAAGGUAGAGCAAAAUCUACAUCAACACCUGAGAAUUCAUUAUCACCAUCAUCAAGAAGUGUUCAACUUAGUAUAAAAGAAUUCUAUCGUUCAUCUAAAGGAGAAUCUAUGGAGAAGUUGAAAGACAAUGAUUCUUCUACUAUAGUAAAAAGGAAUGUUACAAGGGGUAAUUUCUCAAAAUCUGCAAGGCGUCGCUUGCUUUUUGAAUAGUUUUGUGAAAAUGUAGGUGGAUUUGUAUGUGCAUAGUUUGUUUUGUGUUACUCGGUAGUGAAAUUCCUAGUUUACCCUUUAUAAGUUAGUAUGGUGUGUUUCAUCUUGUAAAGGUUAAAUGUUUGGUUAUGGAAGAUGUUUCAUUUUA